AUGCUUGAGAAGAAUGUAAAUGGUAGACCCAUAGACAAGGUAUGCAUCAUUUUAACUCAAGACAGUGACACUAAGAUCAUCAUUAAGAUACUAGUCCCAGAUGUUUGUAUGGUCUUUGAAGUACUUGGACACCAUCUCCUAAAAUGGAUAAUCAAGUCCAAUUAUCAAGGCCUUCCCAUCCGUUGUGUUAAAAGUAUAAUUCGACAGGUUCUUCAAGGUCUGGAUUAUCUACACAGCAAGUGCAAGAUCAUUCAUACGGAUAUUAAGCCAGAAAACAUUCUGAUGUGUGUGGACGAUGCCUACGUUCGUAGAAUGGCUGCUGAAGCUACUGAAUGGCAGAAAGCUGGAGCUCCUCCUCCUUCUGGCUCAGCAGUGAGUACAGCUCCACAGCAAAAGCCUGUUGGGAAAAUAUCCAAAAACAAAAGAAAAAACUGAAGAAAAAACAAGAAGAGGCAAGCAGAGCUGUUAGAAAAACGACUGCAGGAAAUAGAAGAACUAGAGCGAGAAGCUGAAAGGAAAAAAAUAGAAGAAAAUGUAACCUCAGCUGUACCAUCAAAUGAACAAGAAGAUGAGUACCACCCAGAGGUGAAACUAAAAACAGCUGAUCUCGAAGAUGUUGUAGAUGAAGAAGCUGGAAAUGAUGAUGGUGAAGCAGAAGAUCAGGAUGAAAAAGAAGAUACAGAGAAAGAAAACACUGAAAAAGAUGAUGAUGUUGAGCAGGAACUUGUCAGCAACGACCCUACAGACCCUAAGUGGAUAGAAUCACCUAAAACAAAUGGCCAUAUUGUGAAUGGCCCAUUUCUAUUGGAACAACAGAUUGAAGAUGAAGAUGACGAAGAGGAAGAAUGUCCAAAUCCAGAAGAAUAUAAUCUUGAUGAGCCAAAUGCAAAAAGUGAUUACUCUUAUAGCAGCUCUUAUGAACAGUUUAAUGGUGAAUUGCCAAAUGGACGUCAUAAAAUUCCUGAGUCGCAGUUCUCUGAAUUUUCAGCUUCAGUGUUCUCUGGGGCUCUAGAGUCUGUAGCUUGUGGUUCUGCUGUUUCUGAAGGAUCAACUGUAACAGAAAGAGAGGAAAGCAGCCCAUCUCAUGACAGGAGCAGAACGGUUUCAGCUUCAAGCACUGGGGAUUUGCCAAAAACAAAAACUCGUGCUGCUGACUUACUGGUGAAUCCACUGGACCCAAGAAAUGCAGAUAAAAUUAGAGUUAAAAUUGCUGACCUAGGAAAUGCCUGCUGGGUGCAUAAGCACUUCACAGAAGACAUCCAGACAAGACAAUAUAGAUCCAUAGAGGUUUUAAUAGGAGCAGGUUACAGUACACCUGCUGAUAUCUGGAGUACAGCAUGUAUGGCAUUUGAGCUAGCAACUGGAGAUUAUUUGUUCGAACCACAUUCUGGUGAAGACUAUUCCAGAGAUGAAGACCACAUAGCAUUGAUCAUUGAACUGCUGGGAAAAAUCCCUCGAAAAUACGCUAUGUUGGGGAAAUAUUCCAAGGAGUUUUUCACCAAAAAAGGAGAACUCCGACACAUUACAAAGUUGAAGCCUUGGAGUCUUUUCGAUGUGCUUGUGGAGAAGUACGGCUGGCCUCACGAAGACGCUGCACAGUUUACAGAUUUCCUAAUCCCCAUGUUAGAAAUGGUCCCAGAGAAACGUGCUUCAGCUGGAGAAUGCCUUAGGCAUCCAUGGCUGAAUUCUUAGCAGAAUUUCUCAGCUAUAAAACAAGCCAGCAACCACUUUUCAAUGCAUCGGACCUAAAUGGUGACUGUCACAAAUCCUCUAGCAGGAUCACACGUGAGCUGGCUUCAAUCCUCAGACCUUUAUUUUGCUUGAGGUACUGUUUGACAUUUUGCUUUUUGUGCACUGUGUUCUUGGGGAAGGGUAGUCUUUUUGUCCUCAGCUAGUAGUUUACUCACCCACUUUCUUCAGAAAACACUUAACGUGUCUUUAAGCAUUGUUUCUUGUGUUGUGUGGCAUUCAGAUGUCAGAUUUUUGAACAAAAGAAACUUCCUCCCAUGUGUUUUGGCAAGUUUUGUAACUAUUUAUGAAAAAACUAUUUUAGCUGAUGCAUAUUAUAUAAUUUACAAGCGUAAGAAAUUUAUGAAGUCAGAAGUGAGUUAUGGCAAGGAAUUGUACAAUUUUAUCUUCUGGCAAAGGGACGUCAUUCUUGUAUUAUAGUGUAUGUAAAUGCACCCUGUAAAUGUUUAUUUCCAUUUAAAUACGGGACCGGGGACUCAAUUUCAGAGUAAAGCUACUAAGUUUUAGAGAGCUUUAUAGCAAACCAAUUGCAUGUAGUGGACUUCAAACUGCUUUAAGGAAUUGUGUAAACUUUCUAUUCUGUAGCAGUUCCCGUUCAUUGGAUUUUAAACAAAGUGGCUCUGGUUUACAGGAUUUCAUUCCCCAAAUGGCACUUUAAAGGAAGGCUAGACUUCUUUCUAAUAAAGUAUGCAUUAUCAUUUAGCACUCCCUUUUAGAACUUUUGCCUAUUUUAAGUGCUUUUAAGGAAAGAAAAAAGCAAUUUCCCUUACAAUGUGAUAGUGAAGACAUGGUACCAUAUGGUGUUGCCUUUUUCUAAGCACUGUAAGUUGUACUAUACCUUAAGAAACAAAUUAAAGGUCGAGCAUGAGAACCACUCUGUGUAGAAUUACUGAUCUUUUAUAAUAAAAGUGUGUGCUUGAGUCAGCAAAGGGAGGACAGCUGCAAAUAUUUACAGUGCAGUGAGUAAAAUGCAAGAAGCGAGAUCAUGCUCAUCCCAUUCAUAGCUUUACAUGUUUCUAAAACAAAUUGCACUAGCUUUAUUUUUUUCCAUAACUAGACAUACAGUUCUUUGUACGUUGCACGCAAAACUACGCUUUCCUAGGGAAAAAGCUACAUAGACUGAGGCUUAUAGGCAAUACAGAUUUUAGAAUGUACGAUACGGAGGUGUGUUUUGGCCUCUUUUAGAAGUCAGUGGGAUGAAUGUAAGCUUAGUUCUGAUUUUCAUGUAACUAUGGUGCCACUUUUUACUGAUUUUGUCCAUAUGAAAUUUAUUCACAUGCCUUUGCAAUAACUAGAUUGUGAGAAAAUAGCCCCAUGCUGUAACAAUAACCAGUUGUUUGAGGUGCUUGCAGUUGUCUAAUUAAAGUGUUUUGUUUUUUCAGACA